GUGGACGGUAGAUUUAGGCUGGCAGAGGUUUUAGGAUCUGGUUCCUAUGCUGUCGUGUAUUCUGCAUGGAAUAUCAUCAAUGAUGAUCAUGUUGCCCUCAAACUCAAAACCAUUGUUGACCACUCAUCUUAUGUAGAGCAUGAAUACUGGAUUAUAAAACAACUUGAAGGCGGAGUUGGCAUCCCCCGCACCCUCUGGUUCAGUAGAGAGUCAGCGUAUCAUGCUCUGGUUCUCGAACUCCUUGGGUCAUCACUCCACCAACUCUUCCUCACGAACAAUCAAAGAUUCAGCCUUCUCAAUGUUGUGAAUCUAGGAGUCCAGUUGCUCUCAUGUCUUGAGUACAUUCACUCGCGCAAUUAUGUUCACGGCAACAUCAAACUGCAAAACAUCUUGGUCAGUCUUGGAAAUCUGAGGCACACCGCCUUCAUCAUCAAUUUUGGUAUCACAAAGAUGUACUGGAACACCACAACCAGUGACCAUGUGCCAUUUCACCAUGGUCAAAGUCUCUCUGGUACUCCUGCAUUUGCCUCAAUCAACAACCACUUAGGAGUUGAGCCAGGUCAUUGUGAUGAUUUCAAGUCGCUCACCUACAUGUUAAUCUAUUUCUUAUGUGGCUUCCUUCCAUGGUUAACAAGUGAUGACAAGAAGUUGUCCAACUCUACCAUACUCGAGCGCAAAGCACAUGCCACCAUUGCAGAUAUAUGUCAUGACAUCCCUGUUGAGUUCGCCAAUAUUCUUAUUUACACCUGCACUCUCACAUUUGCAGAAGAUCCUGAUUACGAUCACUUGUGUUCAUUACUUCAUGGUCUUUGUGCCACAUUGCCUGAACCAGCUACAUGCAUGUUGGAUUUUAGCCAACCUGAUGGUCCUGCCAUACCUCCCCCUCUAUCACCUGACCAGUGCUGUGUGGCCGAAGCAAUGUCACCAUGUCCACCAAAGGUAGUGUGCAGAUCAACUCUUGUGUGA